UAUUGCGGGUUGUUUUACUUCAUUCUUUUAUAUCGUUUUUUUCCCACAUGCAUCACGAUGAAGGAUACAUAGUUUACGAUUCAGAUUUCUUUGACUAGUGUCACUCAAAGCAUCUGAAGGAGUCAUCUGGUGUUAGGAUCCUGUGCAUACCCGUUUCUAGGGUUCCUCCAUAUAAAGAUCAAAUUGGGAGACCGAGUACAGCUCGGUAUUUAUCCGAGACUUUUGUAUGAGUGCCGGAUUUGAUGUUGUACAAACAAACAGUGGAAGUUAGAUUAUAGCCUUUUCCUUUUCCGUGUUUUGGCAAAGCUGGGAAAUCUUUUUAGAAGUUGGCUUUUGAAGGGUGGUUGUGAUGUGAUUUACCUGGAAGAUUGAUCUUUUUUCGGCAAACAAUACUUCAUCGCAUCCCAACGGCAAAUAUUGGAAAUUGGCCAGCUGAUAUCACAUUCUCUAUCAUAACUUCGAUCCAUCACACCGUUUUGUCACCCUAUCAUUUGUCUUUUCCGUAUUAAUCAUCGCAAAGUUGCACUUAUUACUUGUACGAUAUUCGAUUUGUUUUACUUUAAGUAUUAGUUUAAAUGUCUAAUUCUCCUACCUCCAUUCUGCAAACAGGGCGUAGACGCACCAAGGAGGAUCAAGCCUAUAAUGGUCCUCCUAGGAUGGGUCCUGUUCGUCAUAUUAGUCCAGCAUCACUAAAUCUUGAAUCUCUUCAUGAACAGAAUCGUGCCGCUCUUCAAAAGAAGGAUGCUACCAAGGUAGUUGAUGCAGCUCCUGGUGUUGCUGCUAAGGGCAAGCCUAGAUUAUUAUUGAUGGGUCAAAGAAGGUGAGUUUCAAUGUUACACGCAUGAACUUCAGUUCGAUUGUAUUAAUCAUCUUUAGAUCUGGAAAAUCUUCAAUAUCAAGCGUUGUAUUUCAUAAGAUGCCUCCAAAUGAAACUCUAUUCCUUGAAUCUACCGCAAGAAUUCAAAAGGAUUCUAUGCAGUGAGUUAUUACCCCUUCUAAUUUAUUACUUAGCCACUAAUGUAUGUUCUAGCUCCUUUAUGGAUUUCCAGGUUUGGGAUUUUCCUGGUCAAAUCGAUUUCCAAGAUGCUCAAUUCGAUAUUGAAGCUAUAUUUGGUGAAAUUGGUGCUUUGAUUUGGGUUAUCGAUGCUCAAGAUGAUUAUCUUGAAGCCAUUUCUCGUCUCAACAGCACAAUCUUCAACCUUCAUCAAUCCUUUCCAAAUAUCAACAUAGAAGUUUUCAUCCAUAAGGUUGAUGGUUUAUCCGAUGAUUAUAUGCUCGAUAUUCAACGUGACAUCAUGCAACGAAUUCAAGACGAACUAUCGGAUCAAGGGAUGGAAAAUGCACCCGUCAAUUUUCAUCUCACAUCCAUCUAUAAUCAUUCCAUCUUCGAAGCUUUCAGCAAAGUCAUACAAAAAUUAAUUCCUCAUCUCGCUACCCUCGAAGCUCUCCUCAAUGAUCUCUGUCGCAAUUGUCGUUUCGAAAAAGCAUACCUCUUCGACGUCCUCUCUAAAAUAUACAUCGCCACCGAUUCAUCCCCAGUCGAUAUGCCCUGUUAUGAAAUCUGCAGCGAUUACAUCGAUGUUAUCGUCGACGUAUCCGAAAUCUAUGGAUACCCCCGUUCUCAAGAAUACAUUGAGAGACUUGAAGGAGCGCCCUGGAAUAAGAAACUUGAGGAUCAAAUCGCCUGUAAGGAUGCGGAGAGUGUUAUUGUUCUCACGGCUGAUAAGAGACCUAUCAUGUUGAGGGAGGUUAAUAAGUAUUUGGCCCUCGUGGCGAUUAUGAAGGAGGGUAGUUAUGAGAAAAUGCCUUUGGUUACUAUGAAUGUGGAGACGGUGGUGGAGGGUUUGACGAAGGUUUUUGAGAUUACGAGGCAGAAGAAGUGAGGGAGUUUGGAAGUUGGGGGUAGGCGCGGCGGAGAAGAUGAUGGGGUUUUGCGAGGUUGAGGGAGAAGAUGAUGG